AUGGGUGAGAACGAAGAGGCUGCCACAAGUGAACACACUCUCGUCCCAAUCGAGACCGACAAUAUGAGUGAGACAUCCAAUAAAGAGGAGAGUAAUGCGGCUCCUCCUUCGACAAGAGAUGGCAAAGAAGAGCUCGUUCACAUGGAGAAUCUCUAUGCUUCCUGGAGUGAAGACGACUUCCCUAACAAAUCUGACCAAGGUAGAAGGGGUAUAAACAAGUUGCUGGGGUUCUACGUUGAUGCACGCUCGGUUCUCUUAAAGAAGGGCCCUCCUGUCCAAGACCGCGAACCGAUAUGUUGUGAUGGCAUCGUCGGUCUCUUCGGUCUUCUCUUCCUCCUACUUGCCGAUAUAGCCUAUGUGGCCUACGCUUGCUUUUAUCAAGGUCUGGACAAGGAUGGAGACGUGCACCUCCUCUGGAUGUCAGCCAUUCUGUGGUUCGUGAUUCUUGUGAAGAUAGCACGCAGGCUGGUUCGUUUGGCACACUCGAAUGGUGGUUGCUGGACUGUAUUUGCUAAAAUGGCGCAACUGUAUCACGUUAUUGUAAACGGUGUUGUCCGAGUGCUUACAGCUCCAUGGAGAGCAAUUUGGAAUAAUGUUUCUGGUGAUGAAGCAACUAUUCAGCGGAAGAAAGACCUGACCAUGGACAUGUAA